AUGCCGACUGACCUCAGCGUUGUCCUGGUAAACCCGCAGAUUCCUCAGAACACAGGGACAAUUGCCAGGACUUGUGCAGCGACUGGAGUGGGGCUUCAUCUGGUGGGACCUUUGGGCUAUGAGAUAGACAACAGCCGCCUGAAACGUGCUGGGCUUGACUACUGGCCAUAUGUGACCGUCAAAGAGUUUCACUCCUUCUGGUCAGGGCAGCAGGGUCCAAAGAGGCUGCUGGCAUUCAGCAAAGCCGGUUCAUGUCAUUAUGCAACACCAGGCCUGUAUCAGUCAGGUGACUGGCUGCUUUUUGGCGCAGAAACAACUGGCCUGCCUCAAGAGGUGUAUGACUCGCUGGAGCAGAGUGGUGGAGUUGUUGUGAGAGUCCCAAUUGUGGAGACCCAUGUCCGCUCCCUGAACCUGGCCGUCUCACAAGGCAUCGGCCUGUAUGAGGCAAUGCGUCAGAUUGAUGGGCCUCCAGGGGUGCAGGAUGGCUCUCACUAG